AUGGCAGAAGCAGAGGGAGAAGAUGCAGCAUCUACAAGUUCACAAGAGGAUCGUCAGUUAUUGGCGGAAGUGAGGGCUGAGGCAGAGGGUAGACCAGAAGUGGUCAAACACAAGAAUCUUGAUGAUUUUUUGACGCUUGGCAGGUACACCCUAUUCUUUCUAUUCAAUACAGAAAUGAUGACAUUAACAUCAUUGAUAUGCGCAAACCCGAUAAUUCGCUCAUGCGGUGAAGUAGUUUUUGAAAAUCAAAAAGAUGCAUGCCGUCAACUCCCGAAUUUGACAACCACCACCGGCUGCGUACCGCAACUCGAAUAUCAAUUUUAUUCCGUGAACGUCGAGUUCAACUACCUUUGCCAGGAAGAAAAACUGGUGAAAAAUUCCAUUUCGGUGCAAAUGCUGGGUGUGCUUUUUGGGGCGGUGAUCUUUGGGCAGGUCUCCGAUAGUUAUGGGCGCAAAUUUACGAUAUUAAUCUCUCUUUUUGGGAUCGCCGUCACUUCUUUGAUGAACGCAUAUGUCCCGAGUUUUUUCUAUUUUUAUUGGAUUCGAAUUUUGGUUGGAUUUUUUACGGGAGGGCUGUCAACCUCAAUGGGUGUCUACCAAGUUGAAAACAUCCCAAUGAAGCAUCGUAUGUGGAUUUCAACCGUAAUCACCUGGUCACCCAACUUCAUCAUCUUUCCAAUUAUUGCCUAUUAUUGUCACGACUGGAGAACGCUUCUGAAGGCCAACGCCAUCUGUGCCAUUCUAUCGGCCGUUUGUAUUUCUUUCAUCUACGAGUCGCCACGCUUCCUAAUUCAAAAGGGUCGUGUCGAGGAGGCGAGGCGAAUUUUUGCGAAGAUCCGGAAAAUUGACAGAAAUAGUGACUAUAAUCCACAAGAACUUGAAGCUAUGCUGGUCCACGAGCAAGAGAAUCACGAGAAGAGGGUGAAGAAGCAGAGGCAGUAUACCUAUUAUCAUAUUAUAUGUACGUGGGAGAUGAUUUCUUGGACGUGCACGUUGGCAAUUGGAAUUGCCAUCACUUCACUUACGAAUUAUGGGCUGAUGUUUAACAUGGAAAAAUUGAGUGGCUCGCUGUAUUGGAAUAAUGUUUUUAUGGGGAUAAUCCGUUGGACAAUGAACAUCGCCGUCGGCCUGUCAGACUACAAACUACCCUGGUUCGGCCGGAAGGUGAUCAACAUGAUGGCGCUGGUAUUCAAUGGCUUUUGUCUGGCCUGUGUUUGUGUGCUGUACUACACUGGGACCCAAAACGACGGUGGCUGGGUUUUAAGGUACUGUACGAUUGGGGCGACGGCAAUGUGUAGUCAGUUGUACCUGUCGAAAUUUAUGGCUUGCAAUGAGUUGUACCCGACUUCCGUGCGGAAUUUGGCCGUAGCCGUACUAGCGAUGUUUAGUCGUAUUGGAACGAUUGUGGCGCCUCAGCUAUUUUAUUUGUCCGACAUCUCAGCAGUUCUUCCUUAUCUUGCACUUCUGGCUUUUACCCUAUUCGAUGCCUUCCUAUUCCAGGUAUUCAUCCCUGAAACAAAAGGAACGCCCCUACCUGACAAUCUUCCACCAAAAGAGCAGCGCCUAUUCUAUCGAGAGAAGAAGAGAAGAGUCUCGCUCAUCACAGAAGCCAUU